UCAGCUCAGUACGAUUUGAGCAGGGCAACGGGAGAGUUGUCUGCAGCGCCGCUCGUUCGGCUUGUUCACGUCUAUUGCCUCUGCGCAUAAAAAGUGAAUUAAAAUACAACAAAGUUUAGCAAUAAAUAGAAAAAACCAAACAAACAAAAAAAAACUGCGCGCUUGAAAAUCUAAUUGAAAUGUUGUCGGCGUAACUAACAAAAUAUAAAUGCGGUAGCAUUCUUUAUGUGCAUACAUAAAUAUAAUAUAAAAAUACAUAUAUUUAUUCAUUUAUUUAUUAAUGUGCAAUGUGUGAACGCUUGCAAAUGUGGUUUAUUGGCCAGGCUCGUGUGUGUGACAAAUCAGUUUGCAAAUAGCUUGCAAACAGCGGCAUUUGCCAUACCCAAAUUCUCCAAUAAGAAACGCAAAACUGUGCGUGUGUGCAUGUGUGUGUGUUAGUGCGAGAGUUUUUAUGGAAUAUACAGCAGCGGCAAUAACAAGCAGCAGCAAAAACAACAACAACAACUAUAGACAGACCAUGGAGCUGAGCAACUUUUCCAGCAAUAAGAAAAUGUCACGCGAGGAGCGUCGCUAUUCAGUGCCGCAUGGUCCCAAUACACCGCUGCCGCCGGCAGCAUCCGAAGAUCUGCAUGCCUGGUCCAUUUAUAGGCAAAAUCUGAACUCUGACUUCACCGACUCGGCGCUGGGCUCGUCAGAUAAAUCACCGCUGCCAUAUGGAAAUUUCCAGCUACGAGAUACCACAGUGCAAUCAAUCUUAAAUCAUCCGCGCUACGGACCCAAAUCUCCCCUGGGCUCCAAUAUGUACACAUAUCUAAAAUUUGGACUGCCGCGUGUAUUUCCGCCCAAUGCGGGCUCACAGCGCUCGCAUCGACCUGGCCCGGGUCCGGGUGGCUCCAGUGCGCUGGGCGGCGUGCGCGGCCGUGUGAAUCGCGGCUUCCGGGACAGCUCGGGUGCACCGGCGGGCGCUGGGUCCAGCGGCUAUGACAGCAGCGACAACGAGACCACGCGCAGUCGAGUGCCGCCCAAUCUGCGCAAGUAUCGCAGCGAAUCCGAUUUCCGUGCCAUCAGCGGCAUGGGCAUGGCCAUGGCGCACUCCCGGCCGGAGUCGCGCGCCCAGGGCGGCGUGCCAGCGGCGGCACUGCGCCAGGCGAACAGCCGGGCCAGCAUAGCCGUCGGCCAGCACCAUCAUCUCCAGCAGCAGCAGCACAUGCAGCAACAGCCGCAGUACAUGACCAACGGCAAGCACUACGGCCAUCGUUCGCACAGCGAGGCGGAUCUGUUGGGUGCCGGACUGGGCGGGGAUGGGGGGCUGGGCUAUGGCGACUAUGGCGAGUCGCGCAUCUAUGGCAGUUCCCGGCACGCGCAGCCCUAUGGCCGCAAACAGUCGAGCUUGGGACUGAUCUAUCCCAAUAUACAGGUGCACUGCCUGGACGUGAGUCCCUGCCUGCACGGCGUCUCGCUGCAGGCGAAGGCGGGAGAUCUGUUCGCCAUUAUGGCCACAUCGCAGCGAGAGGGCAGCGCCCUGGCUGAGUGCCUAGCGGGUCUGCGGGAGCGCCUGGGCGGCGAGAUCUUGAUCAAUGGCCAGCAGGUGAAUCGCCGUGGUCUGCGCGAGCUGUGCAGCUAUGUGCCCGCACUGGAUGUGUCCUCGCUGGAUCCGCGCAUGAGUGUGCAGUGCACGCUGAAUUUCCAUGCGGCGCUGCGUGGCCCACUGGACCGCAGUGAUCUGAAGGAUCGCAUGGACGUGCUCAUCGAGGAUCUGGGCCUGAAUACGGUGCGUGCUUCGAAUGUCUCGACGCUAACGCACUCGGAAAAGCAGCGCUUGAGCGUUGCCUGCCAGCUGCUGGCGCAGUCAUCGCUGCUGAUCCUGGAUCAGGUCACCAGCAACAUGGACAUCUUUGACACCUUCUUCCUGGUGGAGUAUCUGCGUCAGUGGUGCAGCGGCGGUCGCAUUGUCAUCAUGACCCUGCAGCCGCCCACCUUUGAGAUAUUGUCCAUGUGCUCCGGCGUGCUGCUGCUGUCGGGCGGACGCACAGUCUUCUCCGGCAGUCGGGCCGAUUUGCCACGCCACAUGGGCGAGCUGGGCUAUCCGUGUCCGCCCUUCAAGAAUCCAGCGGACUAUUAUCUUGAUCUGGUCACCCUGGACGAUCUGUCGGCAGCGGCCAUGCUGGAGUCAUCGGCGCGCAUCGAAUCGCUGGCCAAUGCCUGGGAUCAAAUCAACUCGGAGCCCCCGCUGGCAGCACCGCCCGCCUCGCUGCCCAACUUCACGAUGAAGGCGGGCUUCUUUGGCCAGGCCAAGGCGCUCAUCAAACGAUUCGCGGCCUACAAACAGCCCGGCUCGCUGCUCACCUGGAUCAGCAAACUGAUUGCCGCCGCGGUGCUAUCCCUCUGCAUUGGCUGCAUCUUCUGGGAUGUGCCCGCCUCUGAUCCACAACUAUCGUACAACGAUCGCUUCGGCUACCAUCACUGCGUCAUGGUGCUGGCCUACUGGCCACUGGUCAUGCUGACCAUACGCGACACCCAGGAGGAUCGUCGUCAUGCGGAGCGGGACAUCCGACUCGGUCUCUAUUCGCGCAGUCUUUAUAUUAUUGUGCAGAGUUUGCUGGGCCUGUUUCCCAGCCUAUGCAUUUGGCUGGCCUAUUUGCUGCCGGCGCACAGCAUGGCCGGACUAUAUACCUAUUCGAAUAGCAGCGAUACGGGCAUCUACCUGUACAUGGGGUAUAUGCUGCUCUAUCUGACGCUCGUACAAACGCUCGCCUUGUUCUGCGCCCAUCUGCUGCCCUGCAAGGUGUCCGCCAGCCUGGUCAACGUCCUGAUCAGUCUGACACUGGCCGCCGUGGGUGGUUACUUGGUGCAUCCGCGCAAUUUGUCCAAGUUCUGGUCCUGGCUGCAGCAAGCCUCGCCCCAGCGCUGGCUGCUGCCCGUGCUGGUGCAGGAUGAGUACAGUGCCGAGACUUUGGCCAAUUCGGCAGGCUUGCAGCUGUGCCGCAACAAACAGGUGCAGCAUCAGGAGAUCAUUGUGCAGCAGCCCUGCCCACCGCCCAAUGGCACACAAGUGCUGCACGACUUUCAGUUGCUGCCGCAGCAGCAUGUGCUGGACGCCACGCUCAACUAUGAUCAGACCACCACUCUGGCCUUGGUGCUGGGCUCCGUGCUGCUCUUCUGCUUGACUUUCAUCAUCUUUGUGUGCAAUUGCCGCGGCGCCUGUCGCAAGCGACGCAGUCGGCGCUACUAAACGGGCCGGACUCCAUCAACUGUACAUUAGUUAGCAACUUAAUAAAAUAAAUAUAGCAAUUAGUCGAGGCAGCGAACGUUUAACUAACUAA